AUGUGGCCAUUUGGACAAUCUUUAAAUAGUUCUGGUAUAAAUAAGAUUCUGGAUGAAUAUUUCGAAAUUUUCCAUGCUUUGGAGCAUUUGCAUACCGAUGAAUCGGAGGAUACAAUACGAAGCAACUCAAAUGAGUCUAAGAGUGGUCCUUGCGUUCUGAAUGCAAAGUCAGAUGAUGUGAUUGUAAACGACGAAGAAAGUAAUAAUACACUGAAUUUGGAGUUGCAGUCAAAUCCAAGUUCUAGUGAACUAUCAUUACCCUCAGAAAGGUCCUCGAACGACCACUCGGGGUCUAGUACUUCCAGUGGGUCAUCAUCACUGGAAAACGUAUUGAGCUUAACAACUGUUCCAAUGAAUACAUAUACAAAAAAUGAUUUGAAUGCCUCUUUCAUCGAAAGGCUUCUAGGAGAAAAUGAACUAUUGAAUGAACUCACUAGACAAAAUGAUAAACUAUUAGAUUUUUUCUGUUAUGGGUACAUCUUUGACAAUGGUGUGAAAAUUUUAAAUUAUGCAUAUUUAAUUGACCACAUGCUGAUCGCAUUAGACUCCUUAGGUUCUAAUGACAUAAAUAGUCAAGAUGAAAACAAAAAUAAUGUUUUGAGUAGGGCUACUAUUAUUUCUGAAAUAUUCGCCAUAGAUAUAUGGUUAAUAAGUGAAACGCUAGUAAAAGAUUCUCAUUACUUAGGUAAAAUUUGGUCUUUAAUUAGACAUCCAAAUUUCAAUUCAGAAAGUUCACCUUUAGUAUCAAUCUUUUUAAAGAUUGGCUCCAAUUUAUUAUUUUCAAAACCUGAAGACUUUUUAAAUUUUGUAUCAACUCAAGAGACCCUCGUUGAUGACAUGGUCAGACAUAUUGAUAUUUCUUUACUGAUGGAAUUUUUAUUGAAAAUAAUUGGCACCGAUAAAUGUGAAUUUUCAACUGGAAUAAUAGAUCUCUUGUCAAAACAAGAUUUAAUUUCUAAAUGUUUAGGUUUAUUAAAUAACAAAAAUUAUUCCUGGCACAUUCAGGCAUGUGCUGGUGAUUUUCUCAAGGCAUUAAUAGCAAUUUCUGCAAAUGCUCCAAUUGAUGACAUUUCUGUGGGUCCCAAUAAUCUAACUAGAGAAUUGGCCUGUGAAAAAUGCGUAGUGACUCUAUCCAAUAUUAUGAUUAAUGAAAGAGGUUACGCUUUGAACGUGGCCGUUUCAAUUAUUAUCGAAUUAAUACGGAAAAAUAAUUCAGAUUAUGAUCAAAUAAACUUAUUAAAUACCACUCUAGAAAAUAAUCCACCAAAUGAUAGAGAUCCAAUAUAUCUUGGUUAUCUUUUAAAGACUUUUACAGAGAAAUUACCUCAAUUAUUCAAAAUUGUUGAAGAAGCACGUAAGCAUGAAUUGAGAGAAAAUCAAUUAGGAGAAAUCUUCGAACCACUAGGGUUCGAAAGAUUUAAAAUUGUCGAACUUAUUGCAGAACUUCUACAUUGCUCAAAUAUGGGGUCGAUGAAUUCCAAAAGGGCAGAAAGAAUUGCACGUAAACGUGAUGCAUUUCGAAAAAAUUAUAGAUUCAACCAUGACAGUAAUUCUAUCAAUAAUGAAGAUAGUAAUACUAUAACCACUAAUUUCAAGCGUUUAGUCAUUAAUGAUAAUGAAACUAAUGAUGAUACCACAACAAAUGAUGUAACUACUAAUACCAGUAAUAAUAAUGAUGUUAAUAAUGACAUUCAUAAUGAUACUAAUGAUAAUGAUAAUUUUCUGUUAAAACAAAGUCAGUUUUCAGAUAACAACAUUCCUGAAACGGAAAGCGAUGAUAGUGAAAUAGAUGAAAGUUUUGAGAUUCCAUACAUUAAUAAUAAUCAAAAUAAAAAAUUAAGGACUAAACCAACUAUAGGUGACUUUUACAAGAUUACUCUAUAUGACAAUAGAAUAAUACCAAAAGUUUUGACAAUGUUUAUGAAAUUCCCGUGGAAUAAUUUUUGGCAUAAUGUUAUAUUUGAUAUUGUUCAGCAAAUUUUCAACGGUAGAAUGGAUUUUUCAUAUAAUUCAUUCUUAGUCUAUUCAUUAUUCAAUGUUAACGAUUCCCUCAAAUACACUGAUAAAUCUGCUGAAGAAAAUGUUGAUUUCAAGAUCACUAACAGCUUAAUACUUCAGGCUUAUAAAGAUUCUUACGAAUUUUAUGAUAAAAGACAUACAAACCUUGGCUAUAUGGGGCAUCUAGUCUUAAUUGCUGAGGAAGUUGUGAAAUUUUCUAAAUUAUACAAGGUAGAAUUGAUAUCUCCAACCAUUUAUGAUACAUUACAAGAUGACGGUUGGAAAUACUAUUCUGAGGAAGUACUCAAUGAAACAAGAUUAAUGUAUUCAAAAAUCCUUGGAGGUGGUACUUAUGUUGAUGAUGGUAAUGGUAAUAUCAUACCACAAUUCCCAGAUAAUAAUAACAGUUCGGUUAUUAUGGAUCAAAAUUAUGAUACUUCACCUACAAGUCCAACCAUUACGUCGCACAUUGACGAAGCAGACGAGGGCAAUGAACUUAUCAACGUCCAAGACCUUGAGGAGCAAUUAUCCACAGAAUCUGAUUUGCACGACAAGCUGAGAGAGGUCCUGAUUGCUAAGGGCCAAAACUCCAUAGAUGCGAGAAAUGAACGUAAUGGUGUGAUAAUACUAGGACCUCCAUGA